AGUUUCCCUCGCCGACUCGGAGGACUUGGAUGAUCGCCGCAUCCUCUCACGAGAAUACGGGAAUACUUUGGAAUUAUUCGGUUUAUUUAACUUGGUGCAAUCAUGUUGAAGGCUGUUAUCUUAAUCGGAGGUCCUUUAAAAGGGACUAGAUUUAGACCUCUGUCCCUGGACAUUCCAAAACCAUUGUUUCCAGUGGCUGGAUUACCCAUGAUACAGCACCACAUUGAAGCCUGCACCAAGAUAGCCGGGCUCAACGAAGUGCUGCUAAUCGGAGCGUAUCCCAAGAACGAUCUGGCUCAGUUCGUGCAGGAGAUGUCAUGCAUCUAUGGCAUAGUCAUUCGGUAUCUUCAAGAGUUCACACCUCUCGGGACGGCAGGUGGCAUGUAUCACUUCCGCGAUCAGAUCCGUUCAGGCAGCCCAACCUACUUCUUUAUUAUGAACGGGGACGUCUGUGCUGACUUCCCUCUGCAGGAGAUGCUGGAAUUUCACAGCGGUAAGCAAGCGCUGCUCACAAUUAUGGCGACGGAGGCGACUCGGCAGCAGUCAUUGAACUACGGGUGUAUGGUUCUCGGGAAGGAUGGUGGAGUAGCACAUUAUGUGGAGAAGCCCUCGACAUUUGUUUCAACUCUGAUCAAUUGUGGGAUAUAUCUCGCGUCGCCGGAGAUUUUUCAAACGAUGGCGGACGUCUUUCACUCUAAUCAGCAGCAAGAUCACACAAUGCAGCUGUGUUGCAACGGCAGAGAUCCAGCGCACAUUGCGUUCGAGCAGGAUAUACUGACGCGACUGGCAGGAUCUGGCCGGCUGUUCGCUCUACCUGUGUUCAGAUGGUGGUCGCAGGUGAAAACCGCAGGUUCUGCGAUAUACGCCAAUCGACAUUAUUUGGCACUCUACAAACAAAAGCAGUCGAGUCGUCUGGCUUCUACGAGUAAGAAUUCCUGUUGCAUCAUAGGGGACGUGUACAUUCAUCCGUCAGCUUCCGUGCAUCCGACUUCUGUGUUAGGUCCAAAUGUGAGUAUAGGCCCGUACACGACAAUCGAGGCUGGCGUGAGAAUCAGAGAGUCGAUCGUGUUGGCCAACGCGCACGUACAGGCUCAUUCCCUUAUUCUUCACAGUAUUAUAGGGACGGGCACCAACGUAGGCGAAUGGGCACGCGUCGAGGGGACCCCGUGCGAUCCCAAUCCUAAUAAACCGUUCGCGAAAAUGGACAACCUGCCGUUGUUUAACGUCAACGGCAAGCUAAAUCCUUCCAUUACUAUACUCGGUACCAGCGUGAGUUUGGCAGCGGAAAAAAUUUUACUGAAUUCCAUUGUUCUACCGCACAAGGAGCUUACGAGAAAUUACAAGAAUGAAAUUAUUCUUUAAUGAACGAACGGUCUGUUGUCAUGAGCCUACAGCAUAUAGUGGUUUAGAUGUUAAUGAAAGAGUCGCAUAAACGAUGAAACGCUAAGUAUAUACAAUGUAACUUUUGGAGGCUUUUUGUUGAAUUGUGAUUACGAAUUUUUGAUAAUUUCAUAAUAUAAGAUGUUAAUCUAAGAUUUUUAUACAUUAUACAUUGUGUAUCAUGUGGAAACUAUAAGUUAUGUACAUAUGGGCAAGUGGUAAAGCACAAAAUUUUUACUCUAAUACAAGUUUGUACAUAUCAUA